AUGCUGGAUUGUGAAGUCGUACUCUUGCAACCGGAAUGCCCAGCGCGCGAACUUUCCGCGAGGAUCUUUGGUCGCCCUGAUCCACUCCAAUGUGCAGCAUGGCAAGAUUCCUUGCGUUAUCGUUGCCCAGCUCUCGACCAGCUCGGAGGCCUCCGCCGAAUCACCUUGAAUGAUAACCCACGACUGGGUGACUCUGGAUCUAUCAGAAUUGCUGAGUCUUUAUUCGAUGAUUUAUGGGUCAAAGCUGUUGAUUUGCAGGCAUGUAAUCUUAGCGACAGAUCAGCAAUGACUUGGUUACGUGUAUUGACGGGAACUCCAAGCCCAAUGCUUGUCGGUAAACUAGAAACCUCACAACUGCCAGAAGAAUGCAGAGGCAAUCACUCGCUUGCGGUGGUCGAUUUGAGACGCAAUCCGAAUAUAUCGCGUGAGAUUCUACGAGCCGUCACCGAGCGAGCGCUCCUCAAUUCCGAGGGAAAACAAACUGAAUUCAACUGGUUGAAAACCUGCAUCCCUGGUAGCCCCGAAGGCUCACGCUCUCGAAUCACGGCAUUCAAAUGGCCUGGGAUGACUGGAUUUCAUGAACGGCGCCGAAAAUUACGAACCUGCUUGAAAACUACGUCUGCAUCCAAAACUGAAACAAAUACGCCAACCAUUAGGCGUCCUUCAUCAGCUCAACCUCACCGAGGGCAGCCCAUUGCAACCGUGAAGAGGUACAGGAGUAAAAGUGCCCAUGCAACGACGCUACCGUUUGCUCCACACCCAAACGAAGGACGGCGGACAUCGAGUUCAACUCCGCUACCGACCUCUCGCCGAAUCUCAGCUCGUGCUGUCUGGAAACCACCAGGUGUUGUGCAGGAUAAGCACUCAGUGCACUCACAGAUAUCCAGAGCCAUAAUAAAGAGGAAGUACACCUUCCCAAACCUGAAGCCAGCCGGAAUUCUGAACAGUUUUCAUGCACAACCAAGGAGUCGAAUGUCAUGCAGACCUAACAAGAGUCCAUCUACUGUUCCGUUGAAUAUGCCUCAUGAUGAUCGACUGACACCCACGAGACAUAGUAGUGGAAGGCGUCCUCGGUCGGGAAAUAAUGCACCCUCCAUUCAGCACUCGUUUCAACAAAACCUUCACAGGCGGGGGCAAGGUAGAGCAGAUAGCUCUCAGAGAAAAUUUGACGGCCCACACAGCUUACACUGUCAACUCAGACAACUGAUGAGUCGCGUCACACAGUUGGAAGAACAGCUUAACAGAGAAAGUUCUCGGCCACCCACCACUGUUCUAACGAAACAAAUUCUAGACGCCGGUGAUCGCGUUUCACCAGGGACGCCAAUGAACGCAGAAGUUAUGGAACAAUUGAAUGAACUUGUAAGAUAUGUCCAACCUAUCCUCGGUACAUUACAGUCGAAUCCAGCGAAAUCAGCAGAGCAUAUCCAGUGGCCGUGCCGGGGGUUGAAUUCCGGAUACCUGACAUGCGAAGCGAACGUGUUAUCACCAUUCCACCAGAGCACAUUGGACGCAUCUGAAUUCGCACGUCUGAACGGGCGAACCUGUUUACACUUGAGCGAUGUGAUUGGUAUGCCCGACUCAUCUAUGCGACAACCCAGUAACUGCGCUGGUUGUGACGAUCGACUGACCCGCUUGUCAAGACUUCCCAUUCAGGUAGCGCCACAGACGCUUGAAACACGCUGGACAACUUUGCAAAUUCUAACCGGAGAGGGAGCUCUAUUCUCUUUCAACGUUUACGACAAUUUUCCUGUUAACUUCGACUUCUCUUUUGACUACUACGCAAUGAUACCAAAGCUUUGGUUCAUUUCUGGUCUAUUUGUUAGAGAUGGUGGCAAACCACUGACCAGUAGCAUGAACCUGGAUCAGUUACGGAGGCAUCUGCAGCAGCUGUGUGUUCUGGUGCAUCGUUUUAACGCUGGCACGGAGGACAGUAAAACAUCCAGUCAGCCAGAAAGCUGUGCUUUUGACGUGUCUCAUAGUGAACGACCCCGACGUCACCAUCUCGUUCAUCAGAAGAUGCAAGCAAAGUCGAAUGUGAGCAACAGUCUAAACGAUGUCUCCGUGGAGCCAUCACACAAUUCAGCAACCAGGGUCCUGGAGACAGCCGAUUCGUACCUUCGGCGAUCGGAUGACCCUGGAAAUAAUUCGAUGUAUCGGACCAGUUUGAAUGGUGCAAAAGCCGACUCACUAAGUUCUUUGGAUACCUCAGUUGAAAAAGAAAUCCCGUCAAAUGCUCCGAAUCGGGGGAAUAAGCCAACAAGCGAAGAUCAACGUGUCAUCGAAAAAAAGGAAACUUGCCCUGAAACCCAAAGAAACAACAAUAAUCAUUUCGUUUGUUCUGUGAAACGAACCCAGUGCGACCCACUCGGACAUCAAGAUACGCUGGCUUCUACUUUGGAAAGGUCUUGGAAGAAGCGUAUUAUGCAAGAAAAAUACAGAAAAGACUGCAUUACGGAUGCUCACAGCCCCGAAGAUCUUAUUAGACUGCGGUUGGAGGCUGAUCGAAUAUUUGCGGAGUUGAAGGCAGAAACUCUCAAAACGGAUAAAUCUAUUCCAGGGAGCGAUACAAGGAAUUUGUCAUAUUACGUCCAUCAGGGACCUGGUCAAGUUCGGGAAGGUGAAAAUUUCUCCGAUAAGGACUCAAAGCAAGACGUUGCGGUGGUUGAACCCGAAAGGACACUAAACACAAAGAAGGACAAUGAAGAAGGAGAAGACGAUUUUGGAGAAACCAUUACAGAUGAUGAAGAAAGCAUCCAGUUGUGGAGCAGAGCACAGUCUGCUUUGUCAAAAGUCUGUUCCGCCAAAACGGUUACAUCAAACUUUGAGUCGAACAAACCUGGCUGUUCCGGUCGCUCGUACGAACCGAAAAACCUGGCCAAUGACUGCACGGAGGAUAGCGAUCUCUCACUCAACUCCACAAAUGAUUUGAACGAUUUGAUUUGCAAUUAUUCCGAUCUGGAAGAAGACGAACUAACGUUCGUUGAUUUGACAAACGACGAAUACAAUCUAAGCAGUCCGCGCCUCAGUGGACAAGUCCCUUCCAUCGGAAAAUCAAGUGGAACGACACCAUUGUUUGUGAAGUAGCUCGCAACCGAACAAGUGUU